AUGUCGUUCGAGUAUGCCCCCAUCACAAAAGGUCUCAUGAUGGGUAGCGCGUUGACAUCCAUUUUCGCUGGUAUUUUCGAUGUCAAGCACUACUUACACCUUCAGCUCGUGCCUCACGUGUCACGCAACCAUCAGUACUGGCGUCUAUUGCUUCACCACGCUGCGUUUUCAAAUUCGAGCGAUCUCCUCAUUGCUGAGAUUGUGCUGUAUGGCGUCGGUGUACAUGUGGAACGUCAAUUUGGAAGUGUCAAAUUCGCGUCAUUUGCCGCGGUCUCCGUUCUGCUCGCAACGAUACUAGAGUUUCUAACUCUCAUACUAUUCCACAAUAUGGGAAUCAACCACAUCCCAUCCGGUCCAUCAGCGCUACUCUUCAGCAUCCUGUAUCAGUGGUAUAGGCUGAUCCCCCCAGCGUACCAUUUUCGAAUAUUUGGAAUUGCUGGAAGCAAUAAAGCGUUCAUGUACAUACUUGCUUCUCAGCUUGCUCUAGGGCAUCUUCCGGGUUCAUUUGCCCCUGCGGUUGUUGGACUGCUUACCGGUUUCAUAUAUCGCUCAGAACUUGUCAACAUUAAAAGUUGGCGACUGUCGCCGUCUAUAAUCCGCUUUAGUACGCGUUUCUUGCUUCCAUUAGUGGGCUCGACUCGCGCACCACGACGGUCUACCCGCGCUCGUCCCGAAACAACCAAUCAAGCGCUAAGCCCUGACGUCGGGAAUGAAGAGAUAAUCACCACCGCACGUCCUUCGGCAGGCACAGAAGACACUGGAGGUUCCGUUAUGCGCGAAUGGGUCAAUGAACUCACGGGGAGGAACGAGCAAGGCACCACAGGAGUUCGUGUUCCGACUGACGCUGAGAUCACUCAGGUGACAACAAUGUUCCCAAAUAUGCAACGAGCCGUUAUCGUCGGGGCAUUACAGAGGAGGUCAGCUUUCCUAUUAGUCUAA